GAGCCCCUCCAUCUUACAUUUUCCAUGUUCCUGCAUAUAUCAAUCGAUUUUGUUAGCCAUAAUGGUUUCAACAUAUGAUUGCCAGUCCAUUUGUUCCAGCAGGUAUUGCGGGCGAACGAAUCAGAUUGGUCUUGGAUGACUUUCAAUCUUUGGAAUCAUCAAAUUGGUGAAUCUUCAUUCCCUCUUGCUACUUGAAUAGCGCCAACAUCGUUCUGCUCCAUAAUGGUACGUCGUCACGGCAAAUUAUCAAAAGGAUUUCAGACUUGUAAGUGAGACGAAGUGAUGCCAACUUGUAAUCAAUGUUUAAAGGCUGGCUGGGAGUGUCCACAAUAUGGAGAUUCUUUGGAAAGAAUGCUCCAGUACUCGGAUGUGAGAGAUUUCGAAAAUUCAGCACGUGAUGAACCUCUGAAUCCUAAGCAAAGGGCUUCCUGUAUGAUAUCAGGGCCGCUCGCAUUCAAGUCUCAAUCACCAUCUAUUAUUCUUCCAAAAGGAAUUUCAAACACUAUCAAUGAUCGUGCAAUUGAUCUCUUUCUUUCUACUCCCAUAUUUCGGGACUCUGGUCCUGUCAAAGGAUAUUACGAGUAUUUAUUCUCUUACUGCAACGAUUCCAAUAUAAGCCAUACACUCUAUACAACCAUCACUGCAGUUUCUUUGGCUGCAUAUGCUUAUGCCUUCAAAUCUUCGUUUCUUCUUAAGAAAGCAUCUCAAUCCUUUGGGUACGCACUCCGUCUUGUCAAUACAGCCUUGUCAUCCAUCGAAGAGGCCACCAAGGAUUGCACUAUCAUGUCCGUAGUUCUGUUCAAUACAUUUGGAGUACUCACCUGUCAGAAUCUAGAUUCCUUGAUGGAUCGUGAUAGGCAUAUAUCUGGUGCAACAUCCAUGAUAAAGUUACGUGGGUUUCGUCAAAUGGAGACUCGGCAUGGACUUCAAUUGUUCCUUCAAAUGAAUUCAAUCCUCCUACAAAGUUGUAUCUGGCAUUCGUUUCGAUUUCCUGAGGAUUUGAUUGAGUUACAGGAACAUGCUGCAAGUUUCUUAGAUGUAAAUGAUCCAGCCUGGAAGUUGAACGGUCUGACAGUGGAAUUGACCACGUUUCGUGCUGAUAUAAAGGACGGUAUAUUUCAUGAACGUUCUUCCAUAAUUAGAGCAGCCAUAGACUUGGACAUCAAGUUUUCGUCUCUCGCGAGUGAGAUGUCCAGAUCACCCCAAUGGAAUUACGAUUCGAUCCCAUCGCAUCUACAUCAGAGAGGGGCAUUCAUUUACCCUAUUGCCAGUAUGGAUUAUUGGCUUUGGUUUACAACAUUACAACAAAUCAUUGAUGACAUUUGUGCAUCGCUACCUCAAUACUAUGGCAAUGUUCCCAAAGUACGUACUUCAUCAGGAAUUAGUGGCUCACCUGAACAAAACUUCAUCACAAGUGCGCUAUCUACUAGUGUCGUUCCUCGUUUCGUUGGUGCUUAUUUUCUUCUUUGGCCUCUACUUAAUUCAGGUCGGAUGACAUUUUCAAAUCUUCAGCGGGAUUGGAUUAUUGGUAGAUGUCGAGUUUUGGGAGACAAGACAGGCAUUCAACAGAUGUUUAUUUUGGCAGAUGUUUUGGAGAAAGGAGAGAUGUUCCCUGUGUAUGAGAGUUGCUUAGCAAAUAAUAUACGAUGGAUCGUAGAUAGUUAG